GACUCGAGUUAAGUAAACUCAUUUUGUCCUCUUCCAAAAUCUCUUUGACACGGUCCAAGAGUCGAGAACUUGAGAUGGCCGACUAUGUCAUGACCAUAGACUCUGAUGCGGAAGAUGCUCCAGAAUUGGCUAUCGAUCCUGCCAAAGACGAGGCGUUGAAUCCUGACUUUACUUUCGAUUUGUCUGGAGACCCUUACACAGAUUUUUUGGAUGAUCCCGCCGUCACCGCACACGACCACGUCAGAAAGGGUUCUCGACCGGAACCCAUAUCUGUAGACGAUAUAAUUCAACGUCGGCGACUCUCUAAUAAAAGAAAACGGUCUAUAGAAGAAGAAUCUUCCGACAAAGAAAGCGAUACUACCAGUGAAGACGUUGAAGAAGAUGAAGAAGAGGACGAGGAGGAGGACGAGGCUACCGGCCUGGACCAUGAAGAUGAUGGGAAUAUCUCGGAUUCAUCCUCUUCUGAUGAUUCCGAAGUCGAAACUGCAGCAGAGAAAGCACGAAAAGCGGCUUUCUUUGACUCGGAAAUAGCCCCAUCUUCGGAAGAACAUUCCUCGUUCCUAACCAUGAAUCUCUCCCGGCCCAUUGUCAAAGCCUUAACAACAAUAGGGUUCCAGAAGCCAACUCCCAUCCAGGCUGCAGCUAUCCCCGUGGCUCUGUUAGGAAAAGAUAUCGUCGGAGGAGCAGUAACUGGUUCCGGAAAAACAGCUGCAUUCACGAUACCAAUGCUGGAGCGGCUGCUUUACCGUGAGAAGGGUAAAAAAGCCGCGGCCACCAGGUGUUUGGUGCUUGUUCCCACUCGCGAAUUGGCAGUACAAUGUUAUGACGUAGGCACCAAACUCGCGACUCACACAGAUGUACAAUUUUGCUUGAUUGUAGGUGGACUGUCCCUCAAAACACAGGAAGCCGCUUUACGCAACCGUCCAGACGUCGUCAUUGCCACCCCCGGUCGUCUUAUUGACCAUAUACGAAAUUCUCCUUCUUUCAAUUUGGAUAAUCUAGACAUUCUUGUUCUGGAUGAAGCCGAUCGCAUGCUCUCCGAUGGAUUUGCCGACGAACUAUCGGAGAUUAUUAAAUCCUGUCCGAUCUCUCGACAAACGAUGUUAUUUUCGGCGACAAUGACGGACUCAGUAGAUGAGCUGGUUAAGAUGUCGUUGCAGAAGCCCGUACGCCUAUUCGUGGACUCACAGCGAGGCACCUCGAAAAAUCUGGUGCAAGAAUUCGUCCGAGUACGGGCCGGUAAAGAGAGCGAACGUUCCGCCUUACUGGUCACGCUAUGCAAACGAACAUUCCGCGAGAAAACUAUCAUCUUCCUGCGUAGCAAGAAGCUAGCGCAUCAGUUGCGAAUUGUGUUUUCUCUACUUGGUAUGAAAUGUGAAGAGCUUCACGGAGACCUCAGCCAAGAGCAGCGACUCAAAGCUUUGCAGCAGUUCCGUGAUGGUGCCGCCGAUUUCUUGAUGGCCACGGACCUUGCUUCUCGCGGUUUGGACAUCAAGGGGAUAGAAACCGUGAUCAACUAUGAUAUGCCCGGUCAAUUAGCCCAAUACCUACAUCGGGUUGGUAGAACUGCUCGCGCGGGGAAGAAGGGACGGUCUGUUACGCUGGUAGGUGAAGCGGAUCGCAAAAUGCUGAAAGCCGCAAUCAAGCAUGGGGCGGGUGCCGAUCAAGUUCGACACCGAGUCGUUCCACCAGAAGCUGUGGCCAAGUGGGCGGAAAAAUUGGAGAGCAUCAAGGCGGAAGUCGCGGAAGUAAUGCGAGAGGAAAAGGAGGAGAAGCAGCUACGGCAAGCUGAGAUGGAACUGAAGAAAGGUCAAAACAUGAUCGAGCAUGAAGCAGAGAUAUUCUCGCGGCCAGCAAGAACAUGGUUCCAGACGAACAAGGAAAAACAGCAUACGGAAGCCAUCAGCAAGCGACAGUACGAAGCAGGUCUUACUUCCGGGGGUCGAACCAAACUGGCGGAAAACGCUAAAGAUGAACACGAAAAGCCCAAUCGGAGCAAGUUCUCUGGGCUGUCAAGGAAAGCAAAGAGACGGAAAUUAGCAAUGGAAGACGAUGCUGAGACGGGAGACAGCCGCUCAUUGCAAGCGGCCAUCCGAUCAGCAAAGAAAUCGGCACGACCAGCUAAAAUUGGGGUUCCAGAACGACGACCGUCGAAGGCAUCGAAGGUUAAAGGCAGGAAGACACCGAAAAAGGCGCCACGUUCCGGCGGAGCUUUUGAUAGUGAUCUGGGCCAAAGGGCGCAUGAAGGCGCAAGGUCGAAGAAAGGUGUGUCGGCUGGGACGAAUAGGAAGGCACCCAAGCGUAAAGGGAAAUAGAUUUUAGUUUGCUGUACAAACUUUGAUUUACGAUAUUCAUGCAUGUCACGCCUGUCACCCUGUGACUGAUCGUGGGGCAGCGUGACAGACGCGUUUUUCUGCUUCGA